CCAAACACAAAUGGCUGAUAACUAAGUCGAAAUGGCAGUUCUAUGGAAAUCUAGUCACUUUUUUUACUGUCUCAAGCGGUGAUGAAAGGAUACAACUAAUUUCAUUAAGAUUAAUUUGCAACGUGCAUUUGAUUUCACAAUGGAUUCAACCGCUGUAGAACCCAACAACAACAACAACAACAACAGCAAAGGUGCCACCACUGACGACUCGUAUGAGGAUGAUUUUGAGCCCGAUUCUCAUUCUGAAGAGCGUCCAGCUCCCAGCGCCUCCCCAUUCAAGAUGAAGAGCCCCCUGAGUACGAUGUGAAGGACAGGAUAGAGCAGCUCAACGCAGAACUGGCCAAUGAGCCGGAGCCUAAUGAGGAAGACAGGGAGCACCGCGUGGGAUUCAAGGCUGAGAUUGUUGAUCUGGUGGCCCCGCCUCCUCCAGACUACAGCGAUGACGAGUCGAGGCCAAACAGUGCCCGGGGAGAACCCCAGCCUGUGGCAACUGAGGCCACUCCCACUAGCAACAAAGAUAGUGGAGACAGUAACAAAGAGAACUCUGAGGAUCUGAAUAAAAAGCAGUACGUCGUUGAGCGGGAUGGGAACUUUGAAGUGGUGAGUUCAAAUGAUCUAACUGCAGAUGAGAGGGCACUGUAUGUUCAGGAAGAGGAUGAUGAUGGGAAGAAACAGGAAAAACAGAGCAACAAUCAAAAGGCUCGUGACAAGUCUCAGACUUCAUCAACAUCCAGUAGCGAGUCUUCGAAGAUGGUGCCAACGCCUCCUUCUAAGCCGCGGCCCAACACAGCAUCCACAGGUCCUCGUCGCAAUGUGCGACCAGCACAGUCACCCCGGCCAAAGUCGGCCGGCCACACAUCUAACUCUAACACAUCUCUAGACAACUUCUCCUACAAUUCCCCAUAUGCCAUGUCGCAGGAGCAGAAAGAACAAGCAAAAGAGUUGUCACGAAAACAAGAGGAGGAACGAAGAGAAAAGGAGAAAAGAAAGCAAGAAGAAGAGGAGGAAAGGAGACAGGAAAAUGAGUCUGCUUUUAGGGCAUGGCUGGAACACAAAAGAGAGGAGAGACGCAAGAAUCAAAAUCAAAAUGGCGAGGAGCACAAAUCAGAAAAGGAAAAGUUGGAACAAGAGGAGAGAGAAGAAAAUGAGGAGGCAUAUAAGGCUUGGUUGAAGGAGAAGAGGUCCCAAGGAAAGAAGGAUAAACUUCUAAAACGUAGACAGCAGCAAGAACAGAUGGAAGGUUUCUACAUCAGACCCAGAGAAGAAUGUGACAGAGCUUUCAGAGAGUGGCUGAAGAAGAAGAAUGCUGAUCUGAAAAAGCAGCACGACACAGAGCGACAGAGGAAUAGAAUGUACAGGCUUCAAGUCAGAAGAUCUAAGAAGACCAGUGCGCUUGUUAAAGCUCUGAAAGAAUCCCAAGCAUUUCGUUAUAUGUAUGAGGAUUGACGAGCUUCCCAUGAUGUGUGACUGUGAGGAGAUUUUGGGCUUCUGAAAUGUAGAGAAUGGAUCCAUCAUUCAUACAGAUUACACAAAUCAUCCUCACUUCACCCAGGUGGGAAUGGGUACCUGCCUAUAGACAGCGAAAAGUCUUGUCAGUUUGUUAAU